AAUAAAGAACAUAGACUGUCUUCUUUUACUAAAUGAUUGAACUUAUUCAUUGGAGAUGGCUUAUACUGAAGUCACAUCUUUGAUGCAGACACUGCAGAGACUCAUGCAACUUCAUCCAAAAAGUGGAAAGAAAAUUGAAUCUCUCCUACAAAAGGUCAGUUUAUUGCAAGGCUUUUUUGUUGACACUGGAAAAGAUCAUGAGGACAUUAAGUGUUUAGAAGGAAUUAUUAGAGAUGUAUCAUGUAAAGCAGAAGAUUUAGUUGAGGAAAUUAUGUUUGAGUAUUCAUCUAGUUCAAGUUUAAAGAAGAAUGCAAUUAAGUUUCUUGGCGUUAAUCGAGUACUAUUUAGGAAGAUUAAAUCUAUUGAGGCUGCAAUUACUAGUGUUUAUAAUGAUAUUUCUGCUAUCAAAGGUAGAUCAACACCGAGUUCUUCUGUGAACGGGUGUUCACGUGAUGUCACGCAAACUUUGAGUUCACAAAAGGAUGUUGUAGUUGGUCUAGAUGAUGAUUUUUUACUAAUUGCAGAUAAACUAACAGGGUAUCCUGAUAAGCUAGAUGUUGUGGUAAUUUUUGGUAUGGGGGGUAUUGGUAAAACCACUCUAGCUAAAAGAAUUUUUCAUGACAAGUUAAUAGAGGAACACUUUUAUGUUAGAGCAUGGAUAACUGUAUCGGAACGAUAUAAGGUGAGGAAUAUGUUGUUAGACCUUUUGGGUUGUACUUCUAAAGUUCCAUUUAUAAUGGAUGAAAUGGAAAAUGAAGAAUUGGCUGAACGGUUGUACAAAAGUUUAAAAGGACAGAGGUAUCUCAUCGUCAUGGAUGAUGUUUGGAAUACUAAGGCAUGGGAUGAUGUUAGAAGAUAUUUUCCGAAUGACAAGAUUGGAAGUAGAGUGAUGGUGACUAGUCGAAUCAUGAAAGUUGCUCGUUUUAUCAACCCCCUUAACCCUCCACAUCAAAUGCGUUUCUUGACUGUAGAUGAAAGUUGGAAGCUAUUGCAAAAGAAGAUUUUGGGAUUAGAUGAUCCAAGCUUCUGCUGCGAUUAUGAAAUGGAAAGGAUUGGAAUGCAAAUUUCCAAAAAAUGCAAAGGAUUACCACUAGCAAUUGUUAUGGUAGCUGGAAUACUUUCUAAAGAAAGCGCGACAGCAAGUAAAUGGAGUGAUGUUGCAGAAAAUAUUCAUUCUUCAUUUGUAACAGAGGAGUCGCGGGAAUUCUUGGAUAUACUAGCAUUGAGUUAUAAUCAUUUGCCUCAUCAUUUGAAGGCAUGCUUUCUUUACAUGGGCGCUUUCCCUGAAGACGUUGAAAUCCCUGUGUGGAGGCUCAUCAGGUUAUGGACUGCUGAAGGGUUUAUAAAGUUGGAUUCACCGAAGACGUUGGAAUUUGUAGCACAAGAAUAUUUGCAGGAACUCAUUGACAGGAGCCUAAUUAUAGUGAGUAAGAGAUCCUAUGAUAAUAGAGUCAAAACAUGUAGCAUUCAUGAUAUCUUGCGAAACUUUUGCCAAGAAGAAGCUAAACAAGAAAAGCUUUUGCAUGUUGUGAGAAGGUUGGAACCACAUUUUCCUCAAGGUGUUCACCGGCGCCUACAUUUCCAUUCAGACAUUUUUGCCUACUCCUCCUACACAUAUUCUAAUCCAUACGUUCGAUCUUUUCUGUCAUCAAAAGCAUGCUCGGUUUUAGAGGAUUCCUACUUCGGUUGUAUGGGGUUCAAAUUGCUUCGGGUGUUGGAUGUAGUUAACUAUUCCUUUUAUGGUUUCCCAAUUCAUGUCAUAAAACUAGUUCAUUUGAGGUACCUCGCGCUCUCCAUCAAUUCUGAGCUUCCUAGGUCGAUAUCCAAGCUCAAGAAUCUACAAACCUUAAUCAUUUAUUGGGGAACCAAGGAGAUGCGCAUACUUCCGUUGGAAAUAUGGAAGAUGCCAAUACUAAGGCACAUCCAUGUGAAAGGAGAUGUUUUGUUAUUUGGAUCCCCCAUUGCUGAUCACUCUAAAAGGAACUUUCAAGUCUUGGGGAAUCUGCAAACACUUUGCACGAUUACUAUUAGCACAAUCAGCUUUUCUCAUGGACUUGUUGCUACAUUACCUAACCUGAAGACAUUGGCCUCUAAUCUGGUAACUGGCGGAAACCAUGAUGCUUUCGAUGUGGAUUGGCUUGGCAGUUGUCUCAACAACCUAGAGCAAAUGUACUCACUUGAAACUCUGAAGUUGCUGUUCAACUUGCCAAUGAACAAUCCUCGUCCCCGUAAUUCUAUCCAACGAUGGAAUGCAUUCCCACCGAAUCUCAAGAACUUGACUUUGAGCUGCAGCUUUCUGCUGUGGGAAGAUGCUAGAGUUCUUGGGAACUUACCAAAUCUUGAAGUUCUCAAACUGAAAGAUUUUUCCUUCCAAGGGCCAGAAUGGGAAACCGAUGAAGAGGGGUUUCAUCGACUCAAAUAUCUGUUGGUUGAGAGCAGAGACUUGGUGGUUUGGAAGCAGGCCAGUACAGAUAGUUAUCCAUUUCCAGUUCUCCAACAUUUAGUUUUGAGGUUUUGCUACAAGCUAAAAGAAAUCCCUUAUGAAAUUGGAGAUAUCCCAUCUUUGCAAGUUAUCAAAUUGCAUUCGUGUAGCCCUUAUGCCACGAGACUCGCUAGAAUGAUUGAAAAAGAGCAAAUUGACUCAGGAAACAGUUGCCUUGAAGUUUUCAUUCAUCCAGCGAGAUAGGAUCUAAUGGAUCAUACUAAACACUGGAAGAGAAUCAGUAUCUCCUAUGUCAAGUUCAUGGACUCCCUUUGAAAAAAUGAAUAUGCUCUAGUGGCUGACUGGUUGGUACUGUUGAGUCCCACAUCGGUGGGAUGAGGAAUUUGGACCCUUUAUAUGGUCUCGGGGCUAUUCUCUCCUCAUGAGCUAGCUUUUUGUGUGUGAGGAGGGGUGUUGAGUCCCACAUCGGUGAGAUGUGGAGGAUUUGGACUCUUCGUAUGGUCUUGAAUAAUUCUCUGAUCCAUUUGACAGGAGGGUUACAUUGAGGAGGCAUGGAGAGCACGAUGCAUACUCUUUGGGGCGUAGUAGAAGAAGGGGGGAGGGAGUUCUCAAACAUGGAAAAGCUUUCAAUGAAGAAAUGUUUGAAUUGAACGAGGAGUUGUAUGAGGUGAAAAUCUCAUGCAUGUACAACUUGUCAAUGCCAGGAGUCCUGAUGUCCAUCGCAUUGAGGACACGUGGAGAGUGUGUGGCAUACGUACUCUUUGAGCAUAGUGGGAGAAGGGGGGAAGGGAUCGAGUUCUCAGAUAUGGCAAUGAUUCCAAGAAGAAUUGAACAAGGAGGUAUGUGAGGUGAAAAUCUCUUGUGCGGAACCUUUUGUCAAUGGUAUGAGUCCUGAAGUCCAUUGCAUAGAGAAGCAUGGAGAGUACAUGGCACACUCUUAGGGCGAAGUGGAAAAAGCGGGGAGGAAGAGUUCUCAGACACGAAAAAAGGUUCUAAUGAAUUCUAAAGAAAUGAACAUGGAGCCGUAUGAGGUGAAAAUUUCAUGUACGGUUAUGUAGAGUGACAGUAAGGGUCCAUAUAAGGUUGGCUAUGAGACUUUUCAGUGUCAACUUCUCUAACAAAAAUGUUCUUCCAUGGUGAAUUUAGAUUCUAUAAACUCAGUGAUAUCAAGAAUUUACCUCAUAGAUUUCCC